ACUACAACAAAAAUGUUCAAACUCGUGUUGAUUGCUUGCCUUUUGGUUGCCGCCAUUGCUUUGCCAAUUGAACAAGACGAUGAAGACAAGGCUGAGUUGGAACGCAUCCAAAACGAAUCCGCCCAGUACUCUUUCAACGCCCAUGUCGAUGAUCAAAUCAAUGACGGUACCAUUGCCCGUGAAGAAACCCGUGAAGGCACCAAGGUCAGCGGUAUGUACUCCUACAGUGAUGGUUUCGUCAGACGUACCGUUCACUACGAAGCCGAUGAAAAUGGUUACCGUGUAGUCAAGGAAGAAACCGAAGAUAUCGGUGAUGGUCCUCAAUUCAACCCCAACGGUCAAGCUGAUGUUGAUGGUUCUUUGAUCGGCAAAUACUCCAUCAAAUUGGAUCAAGAUGAUAACGAAAAACACUAUAAGGAUGUCCGUGCCUAAGA